AGUAUUCUAGUUUCUGACACAGAAAGCAUUCCCACCGGGCUAAUUUAAGUAUCUCGUGUAAUUGAAAACUCGCUACAAUCAUCGACAACAUAAAUUUCACGUUCAAACACAGCAUACAGAGUCAAGGACCAACUUUGGUCCGAUGAAAAACAUCGAAAAUGCCCUUCAAACAAUGCAUAAAUAGAUAAUAGAACAUCCUCCACCUGGUGGAAUCUGCAACUGAUUACAGUGAUUGAACGCAGCCACUAACUAAUUCCGUUUCGAAAACAGACCGGCCUGGCAGACUGGGCUGGUGUGACCGGGUGCAGCUGUUGUGCGCGGCACCAAAUUGCGGGGUACGUUCGAAACCACACCCGACCGAUACCAAUUUGGUUUCGUUUGAAUAGAGUGAUGCUCGUUCGGCAUUUUAAAACUGUUCCUGGACUGGUGGUAUUGUAUAAUUUUCCGAACCACACAGAGGCGACACGAUUCCCGAUUGCGACGGCACUCGAGCGUUUAAAAUCAAUGAUCCGGCGACCGGAACGGUCACUUUGCAAUCUGGCCCCCGCCCCGCUAGAGAGAGCAACGAUGCUGAUUGAGAACUGCCCCAUCAUCAGUGUGAAUGUACGCGUGUGGCUCUUUUGGGGCUACCUCCGGCGGGUUAAGUGGCACAGCUAUCUGGUUGGGUGCAUUCCGGUGACAGUGCUAAAUGUGUUUCAGUUUAUGAAUCUGUUCCACAUCAUCCUGGCCGGAACUGGCGACAUCAACAAGAUUAUCAUCGAUGGAUACUUUACGGUGUUGUACUUCAACCUGGUGCUGCGGACGUCGUUCCUGAUGACCAACCGGCACAAAUUCGAACGGUUCUUCGAUGGCAUUGCAAGCGAAUAUCGUCGGUUGGAGAAUCAGAACGAUAUCCGGCCGCUGUUGGAACGAUUGACUCGCCGGGCACGGAUUCUGUCCAAAUCGAACCUAUGGCUAGGUGCGUUCAUUAGUGCUUGCUUCGUUACUUAUCCACUGUUUUCACCGGAAAAUGUCCUACCGUACGGAGUCUACAUGCCCGGCAUCGAUCUUUACGCGUCCCCCGUUUACGAGAUUGUGUUUGUCCUGCAAAUCUAUCUAACCUUUCCGGCUUGCUGCAUGUACAUUCCGUUCACCAGCUUUUACUGCACUUGUUCCCUGUUUGGAUUGGUCCGGAUUGCCGCCCUGAAGCGUUCCCUGGAGCGAUUGCACGAGCACAACCGAUCCGAGCAGACACUGCUAGCCAAGAUGAAAGAGUGUCUGGUAUAUCACAAGGAGAUUAUCAGAUACGUUGCCGACCUAAACGAGCUGGUGACCUACAUUUUCCUGUUGGAACUGCUAUCCUUUGGUAUGAUGCUGUGUGCAUUACUCUUUCUGCUGAGCAUUAGCAACCAGUUGGCCCAGAUGGUAAUGAUUGGCUCGUACAUCUUCAUGAUUCUGUCGCAGAUGUAUGCCCUGUACUGGCACUCGAACGAGGUCCGGGAGCAGGUGAGUACGCAGUAUAGCAAUAAGGUUGGAUGGAUUCAUUUCUCGGUUGACCACUUCUUGCAGAGCUUGGAAAUUGGUGACUCGCUGUACUACAACAGUGCCUGGCUUGGUUUCAGCAUGCCAGUCAAAAAGAUGAUUAUUUUGCUGGUUGCCCGUGCGCAGCGCCCAUUAGCGAUUACAAUUGGCAACGUUUAUCCGAUGACGCUGGAAAUGUUUCAAUCGCUGCUAAAUGCAUCCUACUCGUACUUCACACUGCUGCGGCGAGUAUAUAAUUAGGAAUAGUAAACGCGUUAAAAAAACUAGAAGAGAUCAAAACAGAAAAUGAUCGCAAAUUACGUUCAUAAUCUUCAAGGAGCGUAAUUCAAGGUUUUAGAUUUCUAUUGAGAAGUAUCUUCAAAAUUUUACAAAUAUAGCAAAAUAUUUCAAUUGCUUUUUUGCCAUACCUAAAAAUUUAGUAGUGAAAAGAAAAUGUUUUGAUAUAAUUUUUGGUAGAAAUAUUCAGCAAUGUUGUAUCAAACAAAAAAAACAUAAGGAAACUGGCACACUAAUAGUGUUAAG